AUGUCCGUUCCUGGUCAGGCCAGGCCGAUGGGGGCUAGCUUCGGGCUGUCCGCUGACAGCCAUCAAGAUUUCUAUAACGAAUGGCUAGCCCGCCAAUUUCGAAAAGACAACAAGGCGACCGAUAUCUAUAGCGUUCCCGACUCCCCCCCACCCCCUCCCGUCGCAGACUGCCCUUUCGAAUACGUCGACGAAGACGUGUACGAAAGCUUCGACUAUCAUCCUGGGCACGGCAUCGACGAGGAUCCGUCGGACGACGAGAGGCCGCCCGCUCAAACGUCGAUCACAGCACCCGUCGAUAGUGCAGGUGGCCCUCCGGAUGAUAGAUCAGCGGCGGAUCCGAGGAAGGUCUAUACAAUGAUUGAAAAACAGAUGAGUAAUUCCAGUGACAACUGGAAGAAACAGCACCACUAUAACAGGGAGAUCCAAAGAAGUGUGAAGGACAUGGCGGAGUCAUGCGAUAAGAUCCGUCCCCUCGAAGAUACGGUGCUCAAGCUGCAGGCCGAGGUUGCCAGACUCCAGGGUCUCGUCGAACAGCAGGGAGUGUCAGCCGAGGGUCCAGACAACCGGAGGAAAAUCCGCACUAGGAGAUCGCCGCAAUAG